AUGAUUAUUACAGGAGAUGACUCUGAGGAAAUAGCAAAACUUCAAAAACAACUUGCAACCGAAUUUGAGAUGAAAAAUCUAGGUGGGCUCAAAUAUUUUCUAGGUAUUGAAGUUGCUAGGUCGAAGAAAUGCAUCUUUUUAUCUCAACGAAAAUAUAUCCUAGAUCUUUUAUCAGAAGCUGGGCUACUAGACUGUAAACCUGUAGAUACUCCAAUUGUCCAGAACCACCAACUUGGAGAAUAUCCAGACCAAGUGCCAACAAACAAAGGAAGGUACCAGAGAUUGGUUGGCAAACUUAUUUACUUAUCUCAUACACGACCUGAUAUAGCGUAUGCGGUAAGUGUAGUAAGUCAAUUUAUGCACAACCCGAGUAAAGAUCACACGGACGCGGUAAUUCGAAUCAUGCGGUACUUGAAGUCCUCGCCUGGAAAAGGUUUGAUGUUCAUAAAGAAUAAUCAUGUACAAGUUAAAGGUUAUACAGACGCUGACUGGGCAGGAGAUAUCACCAACAGAAAAUCCACCUCAAGCUAUUUUACCUUUGUUGGAGGAAAUUUGGUUACAUGGAAAAGUAAGAAACAAAAGGUUGUAGCAUUAUCAAGUGCUGAAGCAGAGUUUUAA